AUGCCGUCUGCUUCAUUCAAGUCCACCGUCAGCGUCACGCACAUCGCUACAGCCACGGCCAUCUUGUCCAUCGACGACGUCAACUUCUUGAUCGACCCAGCCUUCGACAAAAGCGGCAACUUCGGCCAAAGGGGUGGAUUUGUACUCACGAAGACUGACGAUCCCGCGCUCGGACUCGAGGACUUGCCUGUCAUCGUCGCCAUUCUCCUCAGCCACGAAGACCACGUCGACAACCUCGACGCAUCCGGUCGCACAAUGCUGAAUGGCCGCCACGUCUUCACCACCCUCGACGGUGCCAAGAACCUCGCUCCCCGCCCAGAGUCAGGACCACGAACAUCAGGCCCUGAUAUCACGGGAACGCCCACCCAGCAUCUGCCUGACGGAGAGUGCACGGGCUUCGUGCUCGAGUCACCCUCCUUUGGCGUAAACGAGGCGGACGGUCUGCCGAACGUUGUGUACGUGUCGGGCGACACGGUGCACAUUCCGCAACUGGCGAACAAGCUUCCGAAGAGGUACCACGUCGUGGUGGCGCUCAUGAACCUCGGCAAGGCCAUCGCUCCACUGCCGCCGGGUCCUGUCCAGAUCACAAUGGGAGGCGUGCAAGCAGCUCAGCUCACUCGGGAUAUUGGCGCAGAGAAGAUGGUGCCGCUGCACUUCGAGUCGUGGAAGCACUUCACGCAGUCCGGCGACGAGGUGCGUGCUGAGCUUGCAGCGGAUGCAGCUGUGAAGGACAAGGUCGUCUGGGUUGUCCCUGGAGUAAGGUCAGUCAUUGUGUAG